AUGGCUCGUGACAGACUUGCGGCCCUUAGGGCCCAGAGACAACAAGAACAACAAGAACAACAAGAGCAAGGAGGCGCGCCCCAGGCACACGAAAUGUCAGGCUUGCGUUCUCCUGAUAUUUUGAUACCCGCGACCCCUCCAGCUGGGAACGGGGUCACUGACCCAAUGGCCGCAUUCUAUGAGGAGGUGUCUUCCAUUCAAGAUUCAAUUGCUACUUUCAGCGCAAACGUAGCUCGCAUCGGUGACCUCCACUCGCGGACACUGAAUUCCACCGAUGACGGCGCGAGCCACCAGAAUGCUGCACUCCUCGACGACCUGAUCGCCCAGACGCGUGAUUUGAGCAAUAUUUUAAAGCAGCGGAUCCAAGCAUUGGCAGCUGCACCCUCGGCGCGUCCACAGGACUCGCGCAUUAGGAAGAACCAGACUGGACUCUUGCGAUCCAAGUUCGUUGAGGUGCUACAGAAUUACCAGCAGGUGGAGCGGGAUUACCGUGCACGGUACAAGCAACGUGUCGAACGGCAGUUCAAAAUUGUGAAACCUGAUGCUACACCGGAGGAGGUCAACGAAGUGGUGAACGACACCGAUGGGCGAGGUGAACAGGUUUUCGCGCAGGCGCUUUCGGUGUCGACGCGAUAUGGCGAAUCGCGAGCCGCUUAUCGGGAAGUGCAGGACCGCCACCAGGAUAUACGCAGGAUUGAGCAUACACUGGAGGAGCUGGCGCAGAUGUUCAAUGACAUGAGUGUACUUGUGGAGCAACAAGACGAAACCAUCAACGCCGUCGACACUACUGCGGGCCAGGUCGAGGAGAACACUAAAGCCGGCUUGGACCAAACGACAAAGGCGGUCAAGAGCGCGCGCGCCGCGAGGCGCAAGCGUUGGUACUGUUUCUUCCUCGUGCUCAUCAUUCUGAUCAUUGUGGGCAUUGUCGUCGGUGUUGUCGUCGGCACAAACCAUCACUGA